AUGGACCGGGUGUCCAAAUUGGGAUUUGGAUGCGCCGGUCUAAGUAUCAACUAUUGCAACAAUCUCGUCGACGAGGAGGCCGGAAUAGCCAUAAUCAAGGAUGCAUUCAGUAAGGGAGUAACUUUUUUCGACACUUCGGAUGUUUAUGGAAGGAAUAAUUCUAAUGAGUUCUUGGUUGGCAAGGCCUUGAAACAAUUGCCAAGGGAAAAGGUACAACUAGCAACGAAAUUUGGCGUUCAAGGAGUCGGACCUGAUGGAAUGAUUGUAAACGGCAAGCCAGAGUACGUUCGCGCAUGCUGCGAGGCGAGUCUAGAGCGUCUCGGAGUAGACCGCAUCGAUCUUUACUAUGCACAUAGGAUUGAUAAGAGUGUACCUAUCGAAGAAACCGUUGGAGAAAUGAAGAAAUUGGUGGAAGAGGGAAAAGUGAAGUAUAUCGGGCUAUCAGAAGCAAGUCCGGAUACAAUCAGGCGAGCGCACGCAGUGCAUCCCCUAACCGCAGUGCAAAUGGAGUGGUCGCUCUGGAGUCGCGAUAUUGAAGAAGAAAUAGUCCCGCUUUGCAGAGAACUAGGUGUUGGAAUAGUCCCAUAUAGCCCUCUUGGCCGUGGAUUUUUUGGCGGUCGAGGACCCGUGGAUGUUGUGCCUGCAGAUUCAAUGACGGCUACUCAUCCGAGGUUCAAUGGAGAGAACUUAGAAAAGAACAAAUCUUUGUACAUGCGAGUGGUUAAAUUAGCUGAAAAGCAUAAUUGCACCGCUCCUCAGCUUGCUCUUGCUUGGAUUCUUCAUCAAGGGGACGAUGUGGUCCCAAUUCCAGGUACGAGUAAGAUCAAGAAUCUAGACACCAAUAUUGACUCCAUCAAAGCGAAGUUCACUGGAGAGGACCUGAAAGAAAUCACUGAAAUUGUUGCUAUAGAAGAUGUUGCAGGUGAAAGAUCUUACGGAUUUAGCCAGCAACACGACUGGAAAUUUGCAAACACGCCGUUGCCCGAUAACGUUGCCGCAGCCUGAGAUUAUUGUCCUCAUAAUUCAACGGAAGUAAAAGUCCCAUGCGGAUUUAUAUAGGUAGUUGUAGAUGCCAAGAUUAUUUGCCUCUACAUGUUGUGUUUAAUGAUGUUAAUAUUGGUAUCAAUGAUCAAUGAUGUGACCUCCCGAA